GGUCAGCGCAGAUUGGCUGAAUGCGAAACGCGAAAUGCAAUAAGAAAAGCAGCCGCAAAUAUGUGGCUCGCUGCUUAUCCUGGGACGCGUCAUUUCGAGUGGCGCACGAGCAAUUAAAAUUGCACAAUUUAAAUGCUUGUGCAAGCGGCGGCACGCGUCUUGUGUGGCAGAGCGGGACGGGCGAACGGCCCACGCGGGCGUAGCCAGUGGAGAGAGAGAGGGAGAGAGGACAAGGAGCAGUGCGUUUGUUUUGACAAGUGCGCAUAAGUACUGUUGGGAUGUUUAGUUGUGUAGUUACGACUGCCUCUGUAUACGACUAUAUGUAUGUACAUAUGUACAUACAUAUGUGUAUAUGUGCAUACACACAUACGYACAAAUGUAGCGGUUCAUGCACAAUUUGUCGUCACUUGCGACGACGAUGACUUAAUUUGUUUAGCAGCAGCCCACAAUUAUAGCAGCUGAGUCCCAGAGCUGAAGCUGACCAAAGAGUCAGCCUCUGCGGCCGUCGGCUGCUCAUUCGCACUCUGAGCAGCGCUGCGUCCACACAUACACAUAUGUGUAGGCACGUUCUCCAGCACGAACAUGGAUAUGGGUAUGGAUAUGGGCAUGAAUAUGGGCAUGGACAUGGACAUGGACAGGGAUAUCAACAUUAACAUCAACAUCAAUGCUACCGAGACCCUUGAGUUCUCAGCGUACGUCCUGUCCUCGUUUGCCGGCGCCGACAGCAAUGGCAGCGGCAGCAACGUGGGCGCCGAUUCCGAGGACUCGCUCAUUGGCCAUACGCGCAGACAAGCACCGCCUAGACAGAAGAUUAAUGCACGGGAGCGCCAUCGCACUUUCAACGUGAAUGCUGCAUAUGAAGCGCUGCGCGGCUUGAUCCCCACGGAGCCCGUUAAUCGCAAACUAUCCAAAAUCGAAAUAAUACACCUGGCCAGCAGCUAUAUAACGCACCUGAGCAGCACGUUGCACGCAGGAACCGAUAGACAGCCCUGUCUGCGUCAGAAGUGGGAGCACAAGUGCGAAAACGAUGGCAACAGAGCUGCGGAGCGUGUUAACAUUUGCACAUUUUGCAUGCGACCUAAAUUUUCACAGUCUACGAGAAAUGUAGAAUAGUCUCCAGUAAAUCUAAUUGAA